AUGAAACCUCUCUUGAAAAGAGCCCUUCUACUGUGGGUAACCCUAUCAUCCUUGGUGAUCUCCAUUUUUGGCCAUGGGGAUGUUGAACACGCCGUGCUAUCUGUGGCGGGGCAAAGCACACACUACAGUGACACAUUCAAUAUCUCCAGAGGGCCCUUGUCGUGCACCACUGUGGUUCACCAAUUCAAUCCACGCAUCCACAAGCCAACCUACCGCGUCGGAGUCUACGCCAGCGAGGGCGAGAAAGUGGCAUUCCAGCUCUACGGCACCUUGUUUUCCGAUUAUUUGACCGAGACGGCGGGAAAGCGAUUCAACCCUCCCGUAGCCUUCGAAUUGGUCCCCGUCUCGCUGAGCAGUCUCAUGGAAUUGGCCGAAAAUGAAAAUGUUGAUUUCAUGUUUUCCAGUUCCUCCGUGUUUUCCUGCAUGGCCACAGAAUACCAGGCACAGCCGUUGGCCACUAUCAUCAAUCGUCGAAGUGCAAGAGGAUAUGAAUAUGAUUUGGAUGUUUACGGUGGAGUCAUGUUUGUCUUGAAGGACAAUGAACAAGUCAACAGCAUCGAAGAUUUCAAAGGCAGGACCAUUGGGGCAGGUUCCAUCACCGCCAUGGGAGGUGGACAGACACAAUUCUACGAGCUUUUCAAGCAUGGACUUUCCUAUGUUGCAGAUCCCAAGCAAGUCAUUUUUACCAAAGAUGAACGAUUAGUCGUGCAAGGACUGCUCGAUGGAGACUUUGAGAUUGGCUUUGCAAGGACCGAUCAAAUUGAACGACACACCAAUGAGGAUGGAGAGAUGUUGAAUGAUGAUGCUUUCAAAAUCAUCAAUCCACACACUCAUGUCCUCCACGAUGGCAAAUUGUUCCCAUUUGUAUCAUCCACGUCACUACACCCAGAAUGGCCCGUUGCAGCACUGGAUCAUGUAGAUCCAUCGGUAGCCAUUGAAGUCCAGGAAGCUCUCUUUGCCAUUCGAGAUCAUGCCAUGUCACUCGAGAUCAACAAUAGUAUACGAUGCGACACCACGGCACGGAUUGCACAACUGGCAGUGAAUGCAACAACCAGUGGACGCUUUGUUGGAUUCCGGACGGCACGGUCCUAUUUUCAGGUACGCACCAAGCAGGAAGCAGCUGGAUUUAUCCAACCAGACAAAGACAAGGCCGGUGAUCUCCACUGUAUCCGAGGAGAUACGUUGUACCAGGACAUUGAGUGUCCCACGGGUCACUACAAGGUGACAGAGGACGAAUUCAACAGAUCCUGUGAAUUGGUGGGGCUGCCAUGCAAGGAUGGCUAUGAAUGCUAUUGCCAGCCGUGUGUCCAGGCGUUUGAAGUGGACGUCUACAAUUAUUCUUCUGUGGGAGAAACGACGGGCAAAAAGCAGCAAGGAUGUGACAAGAUGAGCUUGUGUGGCGAAGUCCAGCAAAUCAAGGAAAUUGUGCUGCACAUGUUCGACAACUUGGAAAGAGCAGACCCAACAAUCCACGUAAUCAUGCAUCUGACUGAUAGAGAUGACAUUCUCAAAGCGACAAAACUGGGAAAUCAUACGUACGAGAUUCGAUGGUCGGAGAACAAGGUUGGAGUUGGGAUCGUGGAAAUAUUCUUCGAUGGAAAGCAAAUCCCAGAAUCGCCGCUGAGAGUCCAGGUUGUGACGCGUGAUUGCGAAAUCGACUACAGCGGGCGUGGCAUGACUGUAGUUGAAGAUGGAAAUUGUCAUUGUGGCGACAAUACGAUAGAAGUUGGCGAAGAGUGUGUCGAUGUGGCUGUGUUCGCGAUUGUUGGGGCUGUGGUUGGCCUCUUGAUAAUUCUUAUUGGGACAAUAAUCUACAUGAGAUACAGAGCUGCAAAGACAGACGAAAUAUGGCAGGUACACGCUGAGGAACUCCAUUUGGACGACCCAGUUGAAGUGAUCGGCCAGGGAUCAUUUGGUGUGGUACUUCUUGCAGAAUAUCGAGGCACCAAGGUUGCGAUGAAGCGUGUGCUUAAGUCGUCGUCGAAUAGGAGGAAUAGCUCCAAAAACGACACGGGAACCAGGAGGACGCUGCGCAGCGGAUUCAAUGCACCAGAAUCACUCAGCAGCAAUAUCUCUAUCGAUGGGGUCGAUACCAGCAGCUCCGAACGUAUCGCUUCGCCUGACAGCGAUGACAUCGAGGCACCAGAUUCACCAAAUACCCGAGGAAGUGGGAAGACUAGUAGCGAUAUUGGCAGUGGAAGCACUCCAAGUAGUCGACACUUCAGCGUUGGCUUUCUCACUAGAGAAUUCACCAAUUCAAGGAGCAAGUGGGCAAUGAAGUUUCCAUGGCUAGCGAAAUCUGAUUUUCCUUCGCAGAAAGUUCAUGACAUUCUUGGGAAAGAUGGUAGCCACGCAUCAGCAACUAGAACCAUGGCUCAGGUCUUAUGUCUAUGUUUCAACGAACACUCUCGUCGCAUAGAAGAAUUCAAGACAGAGAUGCGGGUGCUCGCUCGCCUUAGACACCCUUGCAUAACGACUGUAAUGGGAGCAGUGAUCACGCCCCACCGCGAUCCAGUCAUGGUCAUGGAGUACAUGGAAUAUGGCUCCCUCCACGAUCUUUUGCGAAACGAGACGAUGCUCCUGGCUGGAGAAAUCAUCUUGCCCAUUAUUCGUGAUUUGGCGCAGGGUCUCCGGUUUUUGCAUAGUUCGAAACCUCCGAUCCUCCAUGGUGACUUGAAAGCACGCAAUAUCCUCAUUGAUGGAAGGUUUCGGGCGAAGCUUUGCGACUUUGGAUUGUCGAACAAGAGAGCAAGCAGCAUCUCGGGAACGCCGUUUUGGCUUGCUCCAGAGUAUUUGACGGGCAUGAAGCACUACAACACGUCAUGUGAUAUUUACAGCGUAGGCAUCAUCAUCUGGGAAAUUUACGCACGAAAAAGCCCUUACGAGGGAGAGAACUUUAAGGACGUCAUUCGCGGGGUUUGCAACCGCCGCAUCAACAAACGCCCAAAGAUCCCGCUGGAAUGUCCUCCAAAAUUUGUGGAGAUCAUGCAGAAGUGUUGGAGCCCGGAUGCCCCAUACCGACCCGCAGCCAGGAACUUAGAUGUCAUGGUCAUGGAAUUGAGCGCCCAGGACGCAGAACCGAUAACCGAGGACGAUCGGGUUAGGAAGCAGCGAGCUGGUGACUUGCUCAACGAUAUCUUCCCAAAGCACGUGGCAGACGCGUUGAAGGAAGGAAACAAGGUUGAACCCGAGAAACACGACAUGGUUACAGUCAUCUUUUCCGACAUCGUAUCUUUCACUGACAUCUCUAGGCAGAUCGGUCCCGAGAAAGUUUGCGAUAUGCUGGACCGUUUGUAUCUGAAGUUUGACACCUGCGCACGCAAGCACAACGUGUUCAAGGUAGAGACUAUCGGCGACGCUUGGAUGGGGGUGACCAACUUGGAAGGCGAUCAAGACCUCACGCACGUCAGGCACAUUGCAGAGUAUGCCAUCGACAUGGUCAACCUUGCCAAUACAGUUAUGAUUGACACGGAAGAUCCCACUCGGGGCUUUGUGAACAUUCGCGUGGGAUUUCACAGUGGAUCUGUAGUCAGUAAUGUGAUUGGUUCCUCGAACAAGCGGUACUGCCUCUUUGGCGACACUGUGAACACCGCCAGCAGGAUGGAGUCCAACUCAGUGCGCAAUCGUAUUCUAUGCAGCCACCGAUCCUACAAGCUCUUGAAGGAUCAGGCCCCAUCUAUGAAAAUCAAAUGUCGUGGAAAGAUCGAGGUGAAGGGCAAGGGGCAGAUGUAUGUGUUUUGGGUGGGAGACAACAUGUUGCAUGCCAGGAGGCAUCUGAAAGAGAAGAGUGUGGACUUUGAUUUUUCCAACGACGGCUCUAUGCGAGACUUGUUCGAGCCGUCGGAGAGCAGUGCUAGCAUCAGUGAAAAUGACGUCGAUGCAGUCUUCGGGGAGGAGAAGAGGAGACAGGAACAUGCCAACGAUCAACAAUUCAUGAACGGGUUGGACGAAACCAUUGAUGAGAUUGACGAGGGGGUCAAAAUGGUCAACAAUGCGUUGGUCAGUGCCGAAGUGAUUGUGAACUACCAGGACGCUCUGGGCGCAGUCAACGCUCCCACCGAACAUUGCGCGUGA